UCUCGCCUGAGGGAGAGAGAGAGAGAGAGAGAGGAGCAUUUGCCUUGCCCAGACAUGGCUAGGGUCGGAUGCGCCCCAAUCGAAACUGUUGUAACUGUCGCCGUCUGAUCUUAUACUCCGACGCAUCUCCACCGUAGAUUCUCUGCGGUUCUUAUAUCACGCCUCUGUGUGUUGGGAUUCAACUUCCUCCUUCCUUCCGCCCUCCCCCCCCCCAUCUCUCUCUCUCUCUCUCUCUCGGAAGACGAACGGUUAUGUGUUUCGCGAAGGUAAAGUUCCGAUGCUCACUAGCUCCGCUUUUGGUCGAUCCGACGAUUUCUCCCAUGUUUUGAUACCACAAAUCGUGGAAGUCUCGCCAAUCGCCGUUUUUCGGAGUUUUCGCGGUAGAUCGUGUCAGAGAUUCGCUCUCCGCUGUUUGAAUCUGCAGAAUCUCCGAUUUUUAGGGAAUUCAUCUAAGCUAGAUCGUUGAGAUUUGAGGCUGCGGGAUUUGGAGACUGUUGAAGCUGAAGUGAUGCAGGAUGGAAAAGUGAAUAAGGUGACUGGUGGAAUGCCAGACACCGUGCUCGAGUGCGUGAUCAAUUACAUACAAGACUCGCGUGACCGGGACGCGGUUUCGCUGGUGUGCCGGCGUUGGUGCGAGAUCGACGCGUCGACUCGGAAGCAUGUGACAAUCGCCUUGUGCUACACCUCCACGCCGCAGCAGCUGUGGCGGAGGUUUCGGCACCUUGAGUCGCUGAAACUGAAGGGCAAGCCUAGGGCUGCGAUGUUCAACCUGAUACCGGAGGAUUGGGGAGGGUACGUGACUCCCUGGGUGGAGGAGAUUGCGAGGUCGUUCACUUGCUUAAAGGCGCUUCAUUUUCGGCGGAUGAUUGUUAGGGACUCUGAUCUCGAGCUCCUAUCUCAGUCGCGUGGUCGGGUUUUACAAGCAUUUAAGCUUGAUAAAUGCUCUGGAUUCUCCACUGAUGGGCUUCUGCAUAUCGGCAGCUCUUGCAGGAGUUUAAAAACCCUUUUUCUGGAAGAGAGCUCUAUCGUGGAGAAAGAUGGCGAAUGGCUACAUCAGCUUGCUUUAAACAACACAGUUCUUGAAACUUUGAACUUUUACAUGACAGAUCUUGUCAAAGUCAGAUUCCAAGACCUCGAACUCAUAGCCAGAAAUUGUCGCUCCCUAGUUUCAGUUAAAAUUAGUGAUUGUGAACUGUUGGAUCUUGUUGGUUUUUUUCGUGCUGCAGAUGCACUAGAAGAGUUUGGUGGGGGUUCUUUCAGUGAGCUGCCAGAAAGAUACUCUUCUAUGAGUUUUCCCCGAAGAUUAUGCUGUUUGGGUCUAACUUACAUGGGGCGUAAUGAAAUGUCCAUUGUAUUUCCUUUUGCAUCCUCACUUAGAAGAUUGGAUCUCCUCUAUGCACUUUUGGAUACAGAUGACCAUUGUCUUUUAAUUCAAAAAUGUCCUAACUUGGAAGUUCUUGAGACUAGGAAUGUUAUUGGAGACAGAGGAUUGGAAGUUCUUGCUCGUUGUUGCAAGAGAAUGAGGAGGCUUCGGAUUGAACGAGGUGCUGAUGAACCCAUGGAGGAUGAAGGGGGAUUAGUUUCACACCGUGGAUUAAUUGCUUUGGCACAGGGCUGCUUGGAAUUGGAAUACUUUGCUGUGUAUGUGUCUGAUAUCACAAAUCAAUCUCUGGAAUGUUUUGGCACACACUUGAAAAACCUUUGUGACUUCCGUCUGGUCCUACUUGAUAAUGAACAAAGAGUCGCAGAUUUACCACUUGACAAUGGAGUUAGAGCCCUAUUACAAGGUUGCCAUAGGCUUAGAAGGUUUGCCCUGUAUCUUCGGCCAGGGGGGCUGACUGAUGUGGGACUCAGCUAUAUUGGCCGGUAUAGUCCAAAUGUUAGAUGGAUGCUUCUGGGUUGUGUUGGUGAAUCUGAUGUUGGGCUUCUUGAGUUCUCUAAGGGCUGCCCUAGCCUACAGAAGCUGGAAAUGAGGGCCUGUUGCUUUAGUGAACAUGCUUUGGCCAUUGCUGUAUUGCAGCUACCUUCUCUAAGGUAUUUAUGGGUGCAAGGGUAUCGACCAUCUCCAACCGGUCAUGAUCUUUUAGCCAUGACUCGCCCCUUCUGGAAUAUUGAGUUAAUCCCAGCAAGACAAGUAGUUGUUGCAGGUCAUCUCGGGGGACCAACUGUUGAGCAUCCUGCCCAUAUUCUGGCAUAUUACUCCCUUGUCGGACAAAGAACAGAUUUUCCUGAUACAGUUAUACCUUUGGAUACAGCUGCAGUUCUAAAUGCGUAGAUCUGUAUAUAUGCCCCAUAUCAAAGGGUUCACCUCUUUCUUUAGUGUUGCCUCUGUUUCAUGUCAUGUUAAUAGUUUGUUGUAUUUUUGAUGUUCUGGUAAGAGAGUUUCACUUUUAUUUUCUCUUUCAUCUGAAUUAGUUUUGAUCGAAUUUCAGGACUGUUUGUAAUAAAAAUGCUUUGUACUGUGAUUUCACAGAACCUUCUCCCUGGCUGCACUGCUCAGUGCAAUUUCAUCCUAGUUCUUAGUUUGCUGUUAACCUGUAUUAAUUUUCCAUGAUCCA